AAUGAUUGUUGCCGGAACACCAAGUUUGAUUUGAACUCUUUAGCCAAUAUUUAAAGAUAAAUGAUCUAAACAUAACCACAAACAAACCCAUUUUAAUUUCUAUACCAUCUUUGUUUUAGUCCCACACAUAUUUUAAUGGCAGAAACAACAAAAAGGUAUGCAGUUGUUACAGGGGCAAACAAAGGAAUAGGAUUUGCAGUAUGCAAACAAUUGGCUUCUAUAGGGAUCACUGUUGUGCUUACUGCAAGAGAUGAAAAUAGAGGUCUUGAAGCUGUUGAGAAAUUGAAGCAGCUUUCUCUUCCUGGCCUUGUGGUUUUUCAUCAACUUGAUGUCACAGAUCAUGCAAGUAUAACAUCAUUUGCAGAUUUUAUCAAGAAUCAAUUUGGAAAACUUGAUAUUUUGGUAAACAAUGCUGGAAUUCCUGGGGUUCAAGCAGACAGUGAGGCUCUGGCUGCUGUUAAUUUUUCCGAAAAUGGUGGCCAGAUUGAUUGGAGCAAAAUAAUAAUCGAAAACUAUGAACAAACUGAAGCAGGUAUUAAAACAAACUACUAUGGAGCCAAGGAAUUAACCGAAGCACUUAUUCCCUUUCUACAACUUUCAACUUCACCCAUAAUUGUCAAUGUUUCCUCAUUCAUGGGAAGCUUAGAGAAUAUUCCAAAUGGAUGGCCUAAGGAAGUACUCGGUGAUGUUGAAAACCUUAAUGAAAAAAAGAUUGAUGAUUUUUUGAAUCAAUUUCUAAAGGAUUUUGAAGAAGGUUCAAUAGUAGAAAGCAAAGGAUGGCCUAUAAAUAUGUCUACAUACGUUAUCUCGAAAGCUGCUCUAAGUGCGUACACAAGAGUUCUGGCUAAAAAGUAUUCAUCAAUAUGCAUCAAUGCUGUUUGUCCGGGCUAUGUGAAAACAGAUAUAAACUACAAUACAGGUUAUUUAACACCUGAUGAAGGUGCUGAACCGAUUGUGAGAUUGGCAUUGUUACCAGAUGGAAGUCCUUCUGGGCUCUUUUUUGUUAGAAAUGAAGAGAAACCAUUUUGAUCUUUGAGAUUAAAAUGGGAUGGAUAUAUGAAGGGAAGUUAUGAGCUGAAGACAAUUAUUUUGUAUUGAAAAUUUUCUCCUUGUGUUGUACUAAAUAAUAAAAGUACACAUCUACAAUGAAUAAUGUAUCAUCCAUGUAUUAUAAAUGGGAUACCAUGAAAUAAGGAUUCCCCA